AGCGCUUCAUUAUAUAGGCGACAGGCGAUCCGCGCGCCUCGCAGUCAGUGUGUCACUAGAGCCGCUGCCGCCGCGAGAGGUGGCCUGGCCUGCAAGGACUGUACCGCGCCGCCAACCUUUUUUUUCUGUGCGUGCGAUGUUUUCACUUUCGUCAUUUGACCGGGCCAGUUUGAUUUGACGUCGCUGGCGCACGGACGUGCCUAGGAACGGCGGGACGUUGUGAUUAUCCUGUGAUCGUUGGUGCCAGAUUGUUUGUUUACUUGAGAUAUUUUGUGCGAAACAUGGCUGUGAUAUAGUGCUAAUAUGUUCGACACCAACGUUUUUUUGAAUUUCUACAAUGAGAUUGCUAAUAGAAGUGCACUACAGUUGGCAAGUGCUGGAAUGAUGGGCGAAGGGCUGCUGACACUCACGUACGGCAAGCACCACGCCUGCAUCUUGAACGAGGUGGGGGCGGCGUGGCGGGGGGCGCGGUACUCCGACCUGGUGCUGGUGUGUGACGACGCGGUGCCCCUGGCUGCGCAUCGCAUCGUCAUGGCUGCAGCGAGCCCUCUCAUCAGGAAAAUACUCGAUGACACUCCGUCAGUUGAGAACCCCGUCACAAUCCACAUGUCCGGAAUCAGCAGCACCCUUAUGCGACAUCUUCUUGUCUUCUUGUACAGCGGCCAAGCAUACAUUGAGUCUGGUGAAAUCGAUGAUAUGCAAGAGCUUUUUGAAUUGUUAGAAAUUAAAUCAGACGUGUGGAAAUCAACAAAAGAACGGCAACAAGCAGAGGAACGAAACAGAUCUUGUGAACGAUUAAAAGCAAAAGUGCUCAAGACGGACAUCAACAGCAAUGAAAGCAGUAAACAUGAUGCGCCCUCUGGCUCGUCUCAUUCAGAAAGUGAACGAGUUACUCCUAGUGCAGGUUACAGCAAAGAUAAAGGCGAUUCUGAAUCCAUGAGCAUAAAGAAAGAGAACAUGUCCACCAGCAGUAAUGACGAGAGAGACGAUGAAGAACAGGAUUCGGAAAACAAGGAAUGUGGCCGGCUGACAUCGAGACGGAGAAGUUCACUUAAUCCUGUCAAUUUGUCAGUCGCAAGAAACUCAGAACAUACAGGCAGUGAGCAUGACGAUUCCCAAGACGUGGAUGUAGAAACAGUUGCGGCAAAGAACAUAUCCCGGAGAAGAUCGACAUCAUCCAGUCAAGAUGACCCACCCCCGGAAACAGGAUACAGGAGACAACUACUCAGUGACAGGUUGGGACGAGGUAUCGAAAGAGCCAAAAGAAAAUCACACUAUCUGGAGCCGCCUGAGUUAGAUUUACGGACGGUGAAAUUAGAAGACUACGCACAUUUGAAACCACCCGACGCGGACCUGAUGUCACUCGUUCACUCGUCACCCGAGAAUAUUGUGGUCACACCUCACCGGAAAAGACGACCCGGUUUCCAUAACUCACCCUCACAAAAUCCUCCAUUUGUAUCAUAUCCCCCGAGCUACUUAGAAGAAAUAGCACAUCUUCGGUAUCAACAAGGUAGCGCUGGCGCGGCGGCGGUUGCUGCCAGUGCGAGACUGGGAGUUUUACAUCCACUGAGUGCCUCAGCGCCACCUUAUUUACCCGAAAGGAGUGCCACGCCUCCAACGGCGACACAUGAAGAUGCACUUAAAUAUCGACCGCCGAGUGCUGGGUCGUGGGGUCCAUGGCUAUGCCAACCCACAAUGGGCGGAGAUGAUCCCCCAUCUACGGAACAUGAUCAAAGUUCCAGCAAACAAACUCCAGUAAGAGAGUAUCGUUGCGAAUACUGCGGAAAACAAUUUGGUAUGUCGUGGAAUCUCAAGACGCAUCUCCGAGUACAUACAGGCGAGAAACCUUUUGCUUGUAGACUUUGUGUCGCAAUGUUUAAGCAAAAGGCACAUUUGUUGAAGCAUCUCUGUUCUGUUCAUCGAAAUGUGAUAUCUUCCAGCGAAAAUGACGGGCGGACCAACACGCCGGGAAGGUUCAAUUGUUGCUUCUGCCAACUCACUUUUGAGGCGUUACCAGAACUCAUAAGACACUUGUCAGGACCUCACAAUAGUUUGCUCCUCAGCAAAAAUAUACACGAAUGACGUCUGCCUCUUUGACGCAGGUCUGUGCGUAAUUUCGGACUUUGAAAGUUUUUCUCUCAACAUGAGAGUUCAAUUGUGAUAUGUGUUUAAGCGAAGUUAAAUAUAAGUAUUUAGAUAUAAGACACGAGAUAUCGCAGAGCGAUACUCAUAGUGAGGCAUUCAGUAUAAGUCACUGCGGGUGCAGUUUUUACGACUCAUAUGAAAAAUCACAUGUUUGCCGAAUGGGUCCAAACUAUUAUAAUUUGUUUAAAAAUUAUAAUCCGGGACCAAUACCUUCCAAGAUAGUAUUUAUUUGAAAGAUGUAUUUCAUUAGGGUAAAUAAUAUUUAAAAGCCACCGACACAUUAAUUCCUUAAGUAUAGAAAAUAGACAAGUUUGUCAAUGAAAAGUUGCGAAAGUCUUGAAGCCUAAAACGAAAACGUCACUUAAACUACCUCCUUAUUUAAAUCAGUAACUUGAUGAAACUUCAGUGGCGUUGCUGAAAGCUGUAGCAUUGACUUUUAAGUACUUUAUUUAAUAAAGUGCGUGGUCAUAUUUCUAGUCAGGUGUGGAACCAAGUGUCGUAUCCAUACGUAAAUAUCACAAAUCGAAUUAGUAAUUAUCAAAACAAUAAAAGAAUCGGUAACAACCCAUACCCAUCAGUCGGGAUGGACAAGACACAAAGACAUAAAUAAUGUAAACUCAGUGGUCUUAAUAAAUUGGUGUCAUUGUAACAAAUGUAUUAUUAUUAAUGAUAUGAGAUACAUGUUAUACUUUACAGUAUUCUUAACAUUUUACUGCCGUUAAUAAACAAAUAACUAUUCAUUUUUUCCAUAUUUAUUUUAAUUAUAAAACGUACUUAACCGUGUAUCCACUACUCCAAUAAAUUUUGACGCCGUCCUUGCUGUUUCUAAAUUUGCUUGUUUAUCAAAAUCACCUGAAUCGUGUUUCAUUAUUGAGUAUUUUGACUUGGCAUUUCGCAGCUUUUUAAAGACAGUUUCAAUCUCAAUAUUAGGUUUUAUCAUUUAUGUAACUUCUAAAGUAUAGAAAAUGAAUGUGUUCGUUAUUAUUAUUUUUAUAUUAUGCCUUUGAAUCCUUUCAUUUGUGCCGAUUUGCAAUGUCGAUGAGCACCAAAGAUUUGUAAAGCAUUGAAAAUAUUUUGGUGUAUACAAUUAAGAAAUUAAAGGGACCUGAAAUGAUUAUGAUUUGUUAAACUUAACGUAUGUAGGAACCAAUUUAUAAUCUCAACUCUAUAGCACUACAUACUAACUUUGAUAUUUCUAUAACCAUUUCCAUCAUUCCACUAUAUACUGAAUGGUGUUUGAAUGUCUUUCUAUUUUUGGAAUAAUUUACUACUUUUUAGUGUUAAUGAAAAUCUUACCAGGCAUUACUUUUGAAUGACUUAACAAUAAUUAAGCUUCGUUGCCUUCGAAACUUAUUUUCGAAUACUUUUUUAAUGAACACAUUAUUGUGGCCAGUUAUGAUAAAGCUAUUUUAGUGAAGGCUGGACGUUCAUUUAUUUCUAAGCAUAACGAUUAAAUGUGAAUACUUUUUUUUAAUUCCAUUAUAUUUCUGUGCCUUU